GUGGUCGGCCGUGUUUGUGUUGAUCUCUAUGUUUGAAGAACAGACAAGUUCAACGUUGUUCUCGCCAACCAUCUAUUCAUCAUGGACCAGGAUUCUGAAUCCCAGGCCCCGAAUCCGGCGCCACGCCCACCUCGAGAAUCGACAGGCCGGCGCUCCUCCUCCUCCUCUUCGUCCUCGUCCUCUGAUUCAGAUUCAGAUUCGGCGCCGUCCAGACGGGACAAAGCUAAGCGUAGGCUUGCCCGACGUGAAACCAAGCGCGCCCGACGCUCCUCUUCUUCCAGCUCAGCUGCUUCAGAAGCUAGUGUUGAGCGGUCAAGACGCCGAAAGAAGGCUGCCCCUGCGCCAGCUUCCAGUUAUGCGCCAAUGGCACGGGCUAAGGAUAUUCCAGCGGUCAAAGAUGUUGCCAAGGAUCCCAAAGCUAGCCUAUUGACCAGUCGCACUGGAGGCGCUUAUAUUCCGCCGGCCAAGCUGCGUCUGUUGCAACAACAGAUCACGGAUAAAAGCUCAAUUGAGUUCCAGCGUUUGUCAUGGGAGGCCUUGAAAAAGUCCAUUAACGGAUUGAUCAACAAAGUGAACACGCCCAAUAUUGGCGUGAUCGUGCGUGAGCUCUUCGGCGAGAACGUCAUCCGAGGCCGGGGUUUGCUCUGUCAGGCCAUCAUGACGGCUCAGACUGCCUCUCCCACAUUCACCCAUGUCUAUGCAGCCUUGGGGGCUAUUGUGAACUCCAAGUUCCCCAAUGUGGGCGAACUCUUGCUGAAGAGGCUCAUUCUCAACUUUAAGCGCGGCUUCAAGCGAAGUGACAAGACCCGUUGCAUGGCCUCCACCAGAUUUAUUGCACACAUGGUCAAUCAACAGGUUGCCCAUGAGGUUCUGGCUCUGGAGAUUUUGACGCUGUUGUUGGAAUCUCCAACGGACGACUCCGUUGAGGUGGCCAUCACGUUUUUGAAGGAAUGCGGUCAGAAGUUGAGUGAGGUGUCUCCCCGUGGGAUUCAUGCCAUCUUUGAACGACUCAGACACGUUCUACACGAAUCCCUUUUGGAUAAAAGAACGCAGUAUAUGAUCGAAGUCAUGUUUCAAGUGCGGAAAGAUGGAUUCAAGGAUAAUCCUUCGGUCAUGGACGAUUUAGAUUUGGUGGAAGAGGACGAUCAGUUCACGCACAUGAUCACCUUGGACGAUGCCACCCAAGGCGACGAGAUUUUGAACGUCUUCAAGAACGAUCCUUCAUUCUUGGAGAACGAGGAAAAGUACAAGGCCAUUAAGAAUGAACUUCUUGGCGAGGAAUCGGGGAGUGGCUCUGAGGAUGCCAAUUCAAACUCUUCUGGAUCAUCAGAGAGUGAAUCCGAAGAUGAGGAGAAAGAACUGGCUGCACCCAUCAUUGAUCAGACAGAGACCAAUAUGAUUGCACUCCGACGAACCAUCUACCUGACUCUGCAAUCGUCACUGGAUUUCGAAGAAGCCGCCCACAAGUUGUUGAAGAUGAACCUUAAGCCUGGUCAUGAGAAGGAACUUUGCCACAUGAUACUAGAUUGCUGUGCACAACAACGUACUUACGAGAAGUAUUAUGGACUCUUGGCCCAGCGUUUCUGCCAAUUGAAUCGCGUUUACGUGGACCCGUUCCAAUCGAUCUUUGAGUCCACCUACAGUACAGUCCAUCGUUUGGAGAUUGGAAAGCUCCGCAACGUGGCUAGACUGUUUGCUCAUCUCCUCUUCACGGAUGCCAUCAACUGGGAGGUGCUCAGUAUGAUUCAUCUCAAUGAGCAUGAGACCACGAGCUCAUCCAGGAUCUUCAUCAAGAUACUCUUCCAGGAAUUGGCUGAAUACAUGGGUGCCAAGAAACUGGUUGAACGCAUCCUGGAUCCGACUCUCCAAAGCGCUUUUGAAGGCCUAUUUCCGCGAGACGAUCCCGCCAAUACACGUUUCUCGAUCAAUUUUUUUACUUCCAUCGGAUUAGGCAACUUGACGGAGGACUUGCGAGCCUUCUUGAAGGCCAAUCCCAGGAAGAAGGUCGAAGUUUCUAGCUCGUCCUCCUCUUCGUCAUCGUCCUCUUCUUCCUCAUCAUCUGACAGCUCUUCAAGUUCUUCAAGUGAAGAGGAGAGGGCCAAAAAGAAGAAGAGAACCAAAAAGGGAUCGAAGAAGAGGGUAAAACACGAUGACAAGGAAAACAAGAAUAAAAGACUCAAAAAUGCUUCAGAAGAAAAUAUGGAAAAAGACGACAGGAGCAGACGAAAGAAAGAAAGGAAAAGGAGUCUCUCGGGCGAAAAGCGUGAGCGCAAACCCUCCCCAGAAAGAAGGGCACGAGAUCAAUCAAAUGAUAGAAAGGAACGCAAUCGCCAAAGAGGAAGGAAGAAACGCGAUCGCUCGGGAGAGAGGAAGGAACGCGAUCGCUCGGGAGAGAGGAAGGAACGCGAUCGCUCGGGAGAGAGGAAGGAACGCGAUCGCUCGGGAGAGAGGAAGGAACGCGAUCGCUCGGGAGAGAGGAAGGAACGCGAUCGCUCGGGAGAGAGGAAGGAACGCGAUCGCUCGGGGGAGAGGAAGGAACGCGAUCGCUCAAGAGAAAGGAAAGAACGGAACUCCUCAAGAGACAAGAAGGAAACGAAUACUUCAAGAGAUAGGAAGGAAGAACGUAACCACUCAGGAGAUAGGAAGGAACGUAGGAGGAGGUACGAUAGCUCAGACAGGAAAGAGGAACGAACUGGAUCUGACAGGUUAACCCGCGACGAUUCAAAUGAUGAAGAACGAACCAAGAGACGGCGUCGAGAUAACAGGAAAGUUAGGGAUAAUUCAGAUGAUGAAGAUAGAAGGCAACAACGUCGAAGAGAGGAGAAAGUGUCCUCAAGAUCUCGAGACCGGAGGUGAUGAUUUCUUAUUUCAAUCUUGAUGUGCCCAAUAAAUCUCCAGAUAUCAUAAAAUGUAA